UUAUUUUUUUCAUGAAUGAAACCCCUAUAGUAUGAUCACAUAACAAACUAGCCCUUCGAUUAGUUUUUUCGUUAACUGACCAUCCAAAUUGGCAAAUCAGCAAGAGCUCUGAUCUAAAAUCUCCAAUUUACCCUUCUAUUUGUCUCAAAUUCUUACACCCCACAAAUCCUCUCGGCGUGCUUCCAGAGUUGCCUCAAACACCAAUUAUGAUGCUGGCUUCCUCGGUGCUCGAGAUCUUUGUUAAUUGAUAAUUUGCAAUAUGAUCAUCUCUAAGCAUUUGCACAUGGUAGGCCUGAACAAUUAAAUGAUCCAUUAUCAAAUUGGAGCUUCAUGUAGAAUUUGAUGAUGCGGAAGAUGAAAUAACAAGAACACGAGACAAGGGUUUUUACGUGGUAUCCUCGAUCGAUUGAUUGAUCGAGACUAAUCCACGGUGAGCUCAUAAGAGCUCACGACUGAUAUCUUAUUAGGAUUACAUCUUGACGGCUUGCUAUCACACAAGUAGAUAGCUAAGCUUAUAUAGAUAAACUUAGGGUUAAAACCCUAAUCCAACGAAUCAGACGAGGCCCAACAAGGCCCAAUACUAACACGGUUUAAGUAACCGCAACACUCCCCCUCAAGCGAAGACAUGAAUGACAAGAAUGUCGAGCUUGAAGAAGAGAAAUGUGAAGAACAAGCAUGAUGGCUUGAACCACAAAACUCGAGAUGAAUAACAUCUCGGACGAGGUUGAUUGGAGACGACUGACUCUCUCUGAACAACCUGAUGAUGGAGACGAUUGACUGCGUCUCUUGAACUUGAAUACAUCUGGUACAUCGCGGUUGACCUGAUGACUGAGUUAGUCGACCGACGUAUGUUGACCUCCUAUUCUCCCCCUCAAGCUGGAGCAUGAACAUCGUGAAUGCCCAGAUUGAAAAGUGAUGAAUGGUUGAUAUGUUCCAAAUACUGAACCGAAAGAGGGGACGACCAUUUCUUAGAUCGUGAAUGCCAACUGGACGAUGAAGGGACGAUGACUUCUCUGAUCGUACUACCUUUUGAACGCCAGGGGACGAUCAUUUAAUGGAUCGUGAAUGCCUCGUUACCCGGAUGGUUGAAACCAAUCGAAGUGCACAAGUGGCAGCUGGGAGUGCUUGAUUUUGGUGCUAAAACUCACCUUCCACUGCCCAACGAUAGACCACCAUGCUUACGGAAAAUUGCUCUUCCAUCAUAUAAAUGUGGAAGAAUAAUUCUCUUUGGAGUGAAACCCAAGCUGGUCCCAAACUCCCCAACGAACUCACUGACGUGACGGAAGGAACAAGAUUUCUUCUUCCUUGAGCUUGAGACCAAUAAUACCACCUGAAGUGAACAACCACCUGCCGCCUUCAACAAAAUCUGGUUGUUGAUGAUGGAAGUCGAAGAGAACUUGAGUUGGCAUUAUUCUGGAUGGGAUGGGCUAGAUUGACCAAAACAAGAACAUGCCCAAUUGUUCUUUGCUGAAGACGACGUGCCGGAGAGAGAGAGAUUGCGAACGGCCGCGACAUCAGCCUUGACAGGCCGGCGAUUCAGGAGUUGUCGGCGAUGUUUGACUGUUGACUCCUUGACUGUUUGGCGACUUAGAACUCAUGGCCGUGACUGAUUUAUGUAGCAGCAUGCUCCAGGCUACGAUGGCGGCCGGAAAGAUGACUGGACGGAGGUUUGAGGCCGGAAUGAACCUCGGCUCUCCUCACAACAACAGACGAUGAUUUGCCAUGAAUGGCUACUUGGCGAUGGAAAGCAAAUCAGAACUGGAAGCGAAAAUGCUGCGACGACCACAGCUCUGUUGCAACUGACCGUCUCUUUGCACAUAACUUUACGAGAGUGACUCGACUGCAACACCAACGAGAUUCCUCGACCUACCACUUGACGAUGGUGGACUGGCGGGGCGACGGAUGCAAGAGAUCUCAUUCUCUUGACGGCGGGAUGGACUUCGCCUGUGACUGCGGAAGAAUUGACGGGGACGCCUGCUUUGCCAAAUUUUGGCGGUUUCGGCGGCGGAUGUGAGACACGAGCAUCGCUGAUGCGAUGCUACCUUGGAGAUGCUCGAAAACUACCCUCGAUUGUGGGCCUUGACGGAGACGGGAAGCAAUCGAAUUUUCCUGCUUUUGUUCUUGCUUACCGUCGGACGAUUGCAAAGACGAGAGAUGACAUCGAUGUUGCCGGAGAGGCAACGGAUGCUGUCUGCGGAAGCUCAAAACCCUAGAUAAGGGAUCAAGUUUCGCUUUGAUACCAUGUAAAAUUUGAUGAGGCGGAAGAUGAAAUAACAAGAACACGAGACAAGGGUUUUACGUGGUAUCCUCGAUCGAUUGAUUGAUCGAGACUAAUCCACGGUGAGCUCAUAAGAGCUCACGACUGAUAUCUUAUUAGGAUUACAUCUUGACGGCUUGCUAUCACACAAGUAGAUAGCUAAGCUUAUAUAGAUAAACUUAGGGUUAAAACCUUAAUCCAACGAAUCAGACGAGGCCCAACAAGGCCCAAUACUAACACGGUUUAAGUAACCGCAACACUUCAGAUUUGACGUGAUGAGAAGGCACACCAAACUAAAUUAUGGACAGCAACUUGAAAAGGAAAGACAAGUAAAUAAUGCACUAGUAAUGGUGGAACAUGAUUGCCCAAUCUUAUCUCCAUACAUGCAUGUGUAGUGGCGUUUGUUAGAGGAUUGGAAGAGAAGAGCUAGCUUCCAAAUGCAUUUACUAUAUGGGUCAUCUUAUAAUUAUUCUACUCUUAUUCUUAUGCAUAUAUAUGUAAUCUGUAUGGGCAUUGAACUGUCAGAGAGUUUGAAAACAAAACAAAAAAGGAAGGAAGCAAAGCUUCUGCCGUGUGAGUGUAUGUAAAACAAUAGCCAAAAAGUAUGAGGCAUUAUUUGGUUGUGUGUUUCCUAAAUUGAGUGAUUAAACACCAAAUGUUUCCUUUGUGUUGAUCCUAAUUUCUAGCACAAUUUCGCUAAUACCCAACAAUCUUCACCAGUGAUUGCCGGACUUUCGUAGUGUCAAAUGAUCUAAGCAGAAGGAAGAACACCAAAGUUUUUUAACGUGGUAUCGUCAGUAUGACACUAGUCCACGGAGAGGAUCUCCCUCUCAGGUUAUAGUUUUCUUAUUUGUUACCUCUCAACAGGGAUACACGGUACAAUAUAUAGGUUUGCCUCUAAACCCUAGCUACACAAUUUACAGGACAAUUACACAUUGGUACCCAGACUAUCAUAAACUAACACCCUCCCUCAAAUUGAUGUUGGGUGCGCAACAUCAAUUUGGAUGAUAGAUACCAAUGUCUACUCGAGCUAACUGCUUUAGUCAAGACAUCUGCAGUCUGAUCUUCUGUAGCUAAGUAACUCAGCUGAACAACUCCUUCUGCAACAAGCUGUCUGAUAUAAUGAACAUGUACUUCUAUGUGUUUUGUCCUGUCGUGUAGUACAGGAUUUACUGCAAUCUGAAUGGAACUCGUAUUGUCUCCAAAGAUCCUCAUAGGCAUCUGACAGUCUACUCCGAGUUCUUGAAACAAUCUCUGCAGCCACACCAAGAUGUUUAGGAAAGUGACGCAAGAUAAUAUGUUGAUCGAGGUUAAACUCGCAUCAUCAGUAUGACACUCGAUAUCACAAUUUUUUCAAAUUAGAUACUAUAUUAUGAAAUUAUAUAAAUUCUUACAAUGUCGCAUAUAUCGGCACCACGAAAAUUAAUUACAAGCGAGGCCGAAAAGAGUACAAUGAAGUGGGUCCUCGGAC